GAGAUCCACGACCUGCUAAGCAACUACGAGCUCAAGUACUGCUUUGUGGACAAGUACAAGGGGACAGCUUUUGUCACGUUGCUCAAUGGGGAACAAGCAGAAGGAGCCAUCAGGGAAUUCCAUGGGACCAAACUCCGGGAGAAGGAGAUCUCAGUUCAACUCCAACCCACGGAUGCUCUUCUGUGCAUCGCCAACCUCCCCCAACUCUUCACCCAACAGCAGUUUGAAGAGCUGGUCAGACCUUUUGGCAACUUGGAGAGAUGUUUCCUGGUCUACAGCCAAGAAACUGGACAUUCCAAAGGUUAUGGAUUCGUGGAAUACAUGAAGAAGGAUUCAGCAGCUCGAGCCAAGUCGGAUUUGUUGGGGAAGCAACUGGGAACCAGGACUCUCUAUGUCCACUGGACCGACGUCAACCAGUUGACCUUGGAUCUUCUCCAUUCCAAGUGUUUGUGUGUGGAUAAACUUCCCCACAACUUCUCAGACCUGGAGGAGCUUCGACGUGUCUUCUCCUCAUCCUGCUCUCCCACUUUUUGCCAGUUGGCCUACGGGCAGGAUGGGCAGCUGAAGGGCUUUGCUGUCCUGGAAUACGAGUCAGCAGAGGCAGCUGAGCGGGUCCAACGGGCCAUGGAUGGAAUUCCACUGGCUGGGAAUCACGUCCGCGUCUCCUUCUGCGCCCCCGGCCCCCCCGGGCGCAGCAUGUUGGCUGCCCUGAUUGCUGCCCAGGCCACGGCUCUGAACCGUGGGAAGGGGCUUCUUCCUGAACCCAACAUCCUCCAAAUCCUCAACAGCCUUGGAAAUCCUGCUUCUCUCCAGCUUCUCCUCAACCCCCUCCUCCAUGGAGCUGUGGGAGGAAAACAGGGAAUUCUGGGUGCUGCUCCCUCUGUUCCCCUGGUCACCAACCCAGCUCUUUCCAGUGCUCUUCUCCAGUUGGCUCUGCAGAACCAGACCCAGGCCCAGCAGAAACCCGGCAUCUUGGGCGACUCCCCGUUGACUUCCCUGCCCCACAACACCCUGGGCUUGACCACCCCCCCUGCCCAGACCCCCACCCAACUCCUGGGAGACCUCCCCUCAG